UUUGCUGCACUAGAGAUGUCUUCAGGUCACGUACUCGAGUCUCUUCAACGCCGUAAUGUAGCACAGCCGGGAUCUCGCGUGCCGGCAGCUUAGGAUGCGUUGACAUGGUUGACGAAAAAGGCGAAGAUGGCGAGCGUUUCUCGUUCCUGGAGGAUUUCGCGAGCGGAUCCUGCAUCAUGUAAUAGUAAAUGGUGUUUCCUCAGUCGCACAACCUCCGUCGGCUUCGUUAUUGGGCUCCUCAGUACACUGCACAGUACCGCCUCCAAGUCGGUCACUGCUAGCAGCAGGGAAGCCGAGCUGUCGGCUCUGCUGAACUUCGGCUAUCCGGAAGCGCUUUGCGGGUCAUGGCAUAACGAGUACAUCGAUCUACACCAGCGGAUUCGAGCGGCGAACAGACAAGCAGCCAGCGAUGGAGCCGUCGGCAGCAGCAGCAACGGAAAUGGCAAAACUAACGCUAACAGCGACACCGACACUGUUACAGAUAGUGACGUCAGCAUGCCUUCACCUUCGUCCUCCCCCUCCUCCCCCUCCUCUCCCUCCUCCCCACCUUUCCCAUCCCCCCACCUCCCUCUCCGCUUCCUCACCUACGAGUGGUUCUACGGCUGCGGCGGUCUAGGCGACUCCCUCCUCGGCCUCGCGUCCGCGUUCGCCGUGGCUUUAAUCUCCAACCGCGCCUUCAUCAUCCGCCACCCGUGCCUCCCGCUUGCGUUCCAACCCAACUUAAUCGACUGGACGCCGUCCGACGACAUCCCCCUCGAACCUGCCCGGAAAAUCGAGAUCGACUUCCCGGCGUUCCGGGCAGCGGCGUGGGAGGGGCUUCGCGCAGCGGACGAAAUCCCCGUUAUUGACAUGCGCGGGCUCUGGUUCUAUGGAGUGCGGGAUUUUUUCGAGCCGUUUAUGGAGGCGAGAAAUAUUAGGGUUUCGUGGAACCGGGGGGAGCUGGGGGAGUUGCUUCUAGAGGAGCAGGCGGAGUGGGGGGAGCGGUUCCGGGGGUUUGGGCUCCGCAUGCCGUAUGCCCUGGGGUGUAUAUUGAGACUGCUGCUUAAGCCCCUCCCAUCCGUCCUUGGUCUCUUAGGGGAGCCCCUGGCGCUUCUCAGAGCCCCGGCUGCUGUUGGGAUUGCCGUGCACAUUCGCAUACCGGACGACAUCGUUUGGCAUGGAGACGAGGGGGACGAUGCCCCCAGAGUGCUGAACGCCACACAAGUCAGUCGCCUCCAGGAGGAAGCUCAGCCGUUGCUACAGUGCGCUCAGUCAGUGGAGGCAUGGUGGUUUCCACCCCCCCUGAGAGUGCACUGGGUGCUUAUAACGAACUCGGGUCAGCUCAAGACGGCUCUCAAGCAGGAGAUGCCAGAGAAGGUGGUAGCCACCGCAUUCACCCCGCACCAUUCCAACAGGCUCGGCAGCACAGUGCUGAGUCAGCGCAGCCUCCCCAACGUGUCCGAACCAGCCGCCCAGUUUUGGAACAUUACUGGCCUUCCCUCCACAUCCGACCCUUCCACUGCGUCCGAGCCAUUUACUCUGGCUGGGGAACGUUCAAGUGUUCCUACCCCUCCAGACCCAGACCACCAAACUUCAGGUGAAAAUUCAGAUAAACCUGAAGCACCUGAUGAAGCCCAUGCCCCAGGUGAUGCUGCUGCUGCUACAGCAGCACCCACCGGUGCUACAGAUGAUGCAGCAGCCUUCAGAGAAAUUGUUGCUGAUUGGCUGUUGUUAUCCGCAUGCCAUGCGUUCAUUAUUCCCACCUCCGGGUUUUCAAGAACUGCAGCCCUCUAUUCCGUGCGUCCCCUUGCCAUAUACACUCCAAAUCAAUGCGAUCCUGAAUCCCCUGUUCGGCUUACUGAUAUUGCUAAUUCAUGGAGCCAUUUGUAACGUGUCCUAUUUAUUCCACAGGAAA